UUUCAAUGAAGUCAAAAGGUUUAGCAAAAUAAAUCCAAAUUCCAAGCGUUACAAAAUGAAUGAGAAUGAAGUUAGAAAUUCGGACGUAUACUUGUCCCUACUUUCGCGACAUGUUCACAGAUAUCCAGAAGAUGGAACCCACAAAUCGUGGGUGCUACCGCGGAUAAUGAUUCUGUUCGCCAGUGGGGAUGUGGACGAGGUGGUGGAGGUUAUAGUCUCCGAUAUGAUUCAUCCAAUUGGAAGUGGACUGGUGGCUAGUGUUCUGGUGGAGGAAUCGAUAAGGGACGAAGUAAUAAAGAAAAUUCGAGCAAAUCUAAGACCCAUGAAUGAGCGCAUUCAACACCAUCCAAAUUACUUGAGCUCGGUUAAGCUUAUCGAGCGAAUGAACUGCCCAACCAUCCACAUCGAGGAAUUCGAGGAGACAGAUACGAAAAAACGUUAUGGACGCAGAAUGAAAGGAUCCCCUAUAAUAGUUCUGGAUUUCCCUCAGUACUAUUUUGGUGAUAAGCCUACGGCUAUAAUUACUUUGAGUACUUUUCGAAAUCUCCACGAGGUGGUAAGACUAUAUAAGCGGGAGGGCCUGAACUUCGAUUCGGUUUCCGUGUGGUCUUCUAAGUUGGCUCAAUGCUUCGAUUUGGUCACCAGACUUUCUCAGGCCUUGCAAUGGACUUUCAACUGCGUCAAUGAAUCUAUAAAAUUCCCUAAACAGCCUCCUGUUCCAACUUCCGGAGUAACAGUUGUGGGAGACUUUCACUAUGAGGUCCAUGUCAUUGGGGACAAGAUCAAAACUAUAGCUUUUCCAAUUAUGUAUUAGGUAUUACAAAUAAACACCCCUAAUCCUA